UGACCGGUCUAUCAAUGAUCAAUGAUCAAUGAUCAAUCCUCCUCCCCUCUCUCUCAUCUCGGUCUUUAUAUAAUCCUUUCCUCUUUCUCUCUUCUUCUAUCUCUGAAGCUCAACUUCCGUGGUCGCUAUUAACUCCACACCCAAAAAACUCACUCCCAUCUUUUCUCUCAUUUUUCUUGGCUACCCUGACCCCGCUCUCAAAAUGGAAACUUUUUCUUACCAAGACCCCUUUUUUCUGCUUGAUUCCGUUAUCCUUCCAAAUACUCCCAUUAAGACGCCUGGUUCAUUCGAGUUUAGAGACAUCAAUACCACCUAUUUUCCUCGUUUUCCACUCCAACCUCUCCAUGAGGUUUCAGUUGAUGCUGGAAGCUCUGCAGUUGAAAGAAGAAAUGCCUUUCGUAUUGAUACUGAGAAUUCCGUGUGCGGGAAACAGAAGACAUAUUCUUCAUCCAAGGUUGUACGUGUUGAAAGUGGCGAUCAGGUCAUUCAGACCGAGACUCAGAAAAUGGACAAGAAAAGGAGGAAAAACAGAGAUGGGUUCAGCUCCAACUCUGCUCAAUCCAAGGAUGUAGAAGAAGGUAAACGCAAGAGACAGAGGAAAUGCAACAGUGCAUCGAAAAAAACAGAAGAGAAGACGAAAUGCGAUAAGAAUGACGAGAAGAAAGUGGCUGAAGAGCCCCCGACUAGCUAUGUUCAUGUAAGAGCAAGGAGGGGUCAAGCAACAGAUAGCCACAGCCUUGCAGAAAGGGCAAGAAGGGAGAAAAUCAGUGAGAGAAUGAAGAUGUUGCAAGGUCUUGUCCCUGGUUGUGACAAGAUAACUGGUAAGGCUCUUAUGUUGGACGAGAUAAUCAAUUAUGUCCAGUCCCUACAGUAUGAAGUUGAGUUCCUCUCCAUGAAGCUUGCAUCAGCUUGUCCAGUUUUCUAUGAUUUUGGAGCCGAUCUAGAUAUUUCCCUGCCAAAACCAGAGAACCCGAGUAGCCAGACGUUACCACUGUCAUCAGAGCAAGCGCAAGUAUGCUGCUCCACGCAGCCCACAACUUUUGUGGCUGCUACAACUACCCUCGACACGACAAAUAACUACCUAAUCCUGGACAGUUCUGUGGAUUGUUUACUUCAACCAGGACAGAAGCUCAAUGCCCAUGUCUUCUCUCAGGGUAAUGGAAAUUCAUUAUGGGAUGAUGCGGAAAACCAGAUUCAGAAGUUUACUACUCAACCGGGGUUCAAUACUUUUCGUUGUUUCCAGCAAGAUUAGUAUAAAACAAACCUAGCUACAGGCAUUUGUUUGUAAAAAAAUUUCACAGUGGUAGCAGACUAGCAAAGGAAGAAAGCUAUGAAAGCCACAUGGAAUCAAAGCCUUUUUCCUUUCACAGUAAGAAGUCGGAAUUGAUUGGACCCGUUCUAUGUGCAAUGAACAGAAAAAAGCUAGAUGAUUGUAGAUCCCCUUGUCGCUGUCCAAUUGAUGACCCCACUCGACGUGAAGCACAGAAAAUCCCCACUCCAGACUCUCAGUGGUAGCUUAAUAAGGAACGGGGAGUACAGUCUACUUAUCCCAAGUAAAUAAUAUAUAUUUAUGUAAUAAUUUUUUUUAAUUAAUGGUAUUUAUGUAGUAAUGACAACAUUGAUUUGUUCACUCCUGAUUUGUCCCGUAGCCCGGUAUGCACGACUAUGUUCGUAGCCCAUCCGAGCGAUUCUCGUAUUUAAUUUCUUGCUGGCUAACAGCCUAACACCAUUCUUUUUCCACAAUAACAAAGCCGCAUUUUUUGGAAGCCAACAAGACCCCUUCUA